UCAAAAUGAAUGAACAUCCUAAAAAGAGGAAAAGGAAGACUCUGCAUCCUUCUCGAUAUUCAGAUUCUUCAGGUGCAAGCAAAUACAUAGACAACAGUGGAAUUUUUUCUGACCACUGCUACAGUGUCUGUUCUAUGAAACAGCCAGAUAUAAAGUUUACUGAAAGCAGAGGUAGAUUCCACAGUCCUGUGCAGAGCCUAGACACAGAUGAUGAUGGGAGUCCCGUGCACGCUGGGACUUCUCAGUGGAGUGGGUCACAUUCAAACGCUGUGGGGUUGCACUGUACAGACCCUAAGAAGAAGGAUAAAGAUAAAGGCACUAAUAAUGGAAUGUGCAGAGACUUAUGCGAUUCACCUAUAUUCAGUGACAGCCCUACAGAAGAAGAGAAGCCUCUAGAUAUUCAAACUGUAGAAAUUUCUACAACAGAAGUGAAUGCUGUAGAAGUUCACGAUAUAGAAACACAAACUGUGUCACCUGAGAAGCUGGAAGCUGAGGACUUGGAGGAAAUCCCUCUGGAAACCUGCAAAAUCUUUGAGAAGAACCAGGCUUUGAAUAUCACGGCUCAACAGAAAUGGCCUUUACUGAGAGCCAACAGCAGUGGCUUGUACAAGUGUGAGCUCUGUGACUUUAAUAGCAAGUACUUUUCUGAUUUAAAGCAGCACAUGAUCCUGAAGCAUAAGACAUGCACAGACACUCAUGUCUGUAAAGUUUGUAAAGAAAGCUUCUCCAGCAAAGUGCAGCUCAUUGAACAUGUAAAACUACACGAGGAGGACCCGUACAUCUGUAAAUAUUGCGAUUACAAAACAGUGAUAUUUGAGAAUCUGAGUCAGCAUAUAGCAGACACUCACUUCAAUGACCACCUUUAUUGGUGCGAGCAGUGCGACGUGCAGUUCUCCUCGAGCAGUGAGUUGUACCUGCACUUCCAGGAACACAGCUGUGACGAGCAGUAUUUGUGUCAGUUCUGUGAGCAUGAAACAAAUGAUCCAGAAGAUCUGCAUAGCCAUGUGGUGAACGAACACGCGUGCCGACUGAUAGAGUUAAGCGACAGCUAUAAUAACAAGGAGCGUGGACAGUACAGUCUCAUAAACAAAAUCAGUUUUGACAAAUGCAAAAACUUCUUUGUGUGCCAAGUGUGCGGCUUUCGGAGCAGGCUGCAUACAAAUGUCAACAGGCACGUAGCUAUUGAACACACCAAAAUAUUCCCUCAUGUUUGCGAUGACUGUGGGAAGGGCUUUUCAGGUAUGUUGGAAUAUUGCAAGCAUUUAAGCUCUCAUUUAUCUGAAGGGAUUUAUUUGUGUCAAUACUGUGAAUAUUCAACAGGACAGAUUGAAGACCUUAAAACUCAUUUGGAUUUCAGGCAUUCAGCAGACUUGCCUCAUAAAUGUACCGAUUGUUUAAUGCGGUUUGGAAAUGAAAAAGAUCUUUUAAGUCAUCUUCAGAUACAUGAGACAGCUUGAUGACUUUCCCUGUAAUCAGUUUGUGAGAAUUGAAAUUAAUUUCUAGUCACUGAAAUGUGAUAUUAAAUACAAUUUUAAUAGCAA